AUGUUAACCAUGGAACAAGGUCUUUUUUAUCAUAUCAACUUAUCACUUGCACGUAAUUAUCAAUUUAAUAGAAUUCUUCAUUUUCUUCCAUUGAAUGAUAUUCAGUCACUUGCAAUUGAUAAUGAUGCAUCUCCACUUCAAUUAACUCGUUGGCCUUAUUUACCUAGUUUGAAAACUCUGCGUAUUAUUGGUGUAUACAAUCAUAAUGAUCUUUUGCUCUUUCUUUUGCUUCAUGCAGCCACACUCAUUCAUCUCAUUAUCAAAUCAAAUGAAAGAUUGGUCCCCUUAUUCGAAAAAUGGCAACCUGCUUUUUAUUUUAAAUCCGAUAAUAGUGUUAGUACUACUAACAAAAAACAAAUAAAUCCAUCUGCGACAACAAUUGAAGAAGAAACAAGAAAUAAUCAAGCACAAAAAGAUCAACAAUAUCAAGACGCAUUACAAGAUUUAAAAAUUUCUUGGAUUCCAAAAUUAAAUGAUGAUCAAGGAAACUUAUAUGAAGAAUUAAUAAGUGAACAACAAGACUUAAAUAAUUACAUUCCAUUACAUAUUGCUCCUCUUCAACAACUUUAA